CUAGGACAAAUUCAGAUGUGAACUUGUCUUAAUAUUAAAACGAUCAAGGAUAGUUCAAGAAACUGGACAAUGAAUACCAUGAUUAUCUUGAUUUUCGCAACUAUCUGGUGUUUGUUGGACAACAAGCAAUGGGCAUCAGCCAGUGCUCUUCAAAAACCAAUUCUUCAGUUAGUUGCAGAAGAUCCUCAAAAGAACGUUAUGAAAGGUGACAACAUUACAUUGAGUUGUAUUACAGGAUCAGGGAGCAUUUUUUAUUUAGUGCAUGAAAAAUCUAAUGGAAAGAAUGAAACUAGAGAAGACAGCCAUGGCAAGUUUUCCUUUAUGAACAUUCAGAUUGAACAAGAUGGGGACUAUUCCUGCAAAUACUGCAAUGAUCAUAGAAAGUGUUCUGAGCUCAGCUCUCCAUUGAAUAUUUAUGUCCGAGAUACGUUCCCAAGACCAGAUAUUAACAUCAGUCCACAAAGAGUUGUCCAGCCAGGAGCAACCAUCACAAUCACUUGUAGUACACACUAUUCCAAUGUUGAAUUUUCUUUACUCAAAAAUAAUGUGAUUGUCAAAAACAGCUCUAGUGGAAACCAGCUUUCUUAUGUGAUAAGCAAUGCUAAAAACAGCGAUAUGGGAUACUACUCAUGCAUCUACAAAAGCGGAACCAGCGGCAUGCGAUCCAUGAGAAGCAAUCCUAUGAAGAUAUCAGUACUAGCUCUACCGGCUCCAUUAAUGACCUGGGAAGAAGCUCCUAGUGACAGCUCUAAGUUAAGAAUCAACUGCAGAGCACCUGAUAAUCUUGAAUACAAUGAGUUCUUCUUCACACUACUAGAUGGGAGAAAAGUCAUUGAAGAGAUUACAGCCAUAGGGAUCAAUGUGACAUUUGUUGUUACGAAACCUAAGUAUACCACAAAAGAAUAUUGUAUGUAUCGGGUAAAGGUGGACUAUGAUUAUGCAGAUUCACUUCAAAGCUUUGUACAACUUGAGUCAAACAGAUCCUGGAUGUUAAUCCGACAUAUUCUUUCGGCGUUGAUCCUUAUGCUGAUAGGUAUCAUCCUAUUACUGCACUUCAAAGAUUUUGGAAACAAACAUGAGAAACAACCUGACUUGCCACCUAACAGGGUCAAAUAUAAAAGAGGGACAGAGGUGGUAUGGUCAAGUGAUGAUGAAUAAGAGACAGGAGCCACAAGAAAAGAUUCAAUUUAACUGCUAAAAGAUACAGUGGAUAUAAAAAGUCUAUACACCCCUGUUAAAAUGUCAGG